GGGUGACCACGAGGAGUUCAACCAGUGCCAGACGCAGCUGAAGUCUCUCUAUGCCGAGAACCUUCCUGGCAACGUGGGGGAGUUCACGGCCUAUCGGGUGCUGUACUACAUGUUCACCAAGAACUCGGGGGACCUGACGACGGAGCUGGCGUUCCUGACGCCAUCGUUACGCUCUGACCCCGCCGUGUCUCACGCUCUGUCCCUUCGCGCCGCGUGGGCUCUCAAUAAUUUCCAUCGGUUUUUCCGUCUCUAUCGUUCCGCCCCCCCCGUGGCCGCGCGACUCAUCGACAAGUUUGUGGAGCGGGAGCGUCGCGCUGCCCUCAAAGCCAUGAUCAAAACUUUCCGCCCGGCGCUGCCCACCUCCUUCGUCGGGGCAGAGCUGGCGUUGGACGCUGAGAGCUGCGCGCAGUUCCUGGCCGCGCUGCCGCUCUCCUACUGCGGCCCCGACAGCAUUGACUGCAAACAGAGCCUGGGGGUCCUGCCCCACUUCUGAC